GUCAUCGCCGCCUCUUUCCUCCCCAGCCCCGAACUAUAAAUGUCGCUCACCUUAAACAUCGGAGUCACACCUUUCUCCGGCCACCGAGUUGGGUGUUUGAGCCAAAUUUUCCCAGUCAAAGGAUUACGAAUGGCCAAGGCCAAAAAGUCAUAUGUGACCGUUAAAUCCAGCCUUACUACAACAGAUUUGUUGGGGGAAUUAAAGGAGAAGUUGAAGAGGGAAGGCGAUGAUUCUCGAGCAACUGCAACUGUUCCACCUUCGGAUGUACCCUCGAGUCUGUGUAUAAUUGACACCCUCGAAAGAUUGGGAGUCGACAGACACUUCCAAUCCGAAAUUGAUACUAUUCUUGAAGAGACAUACAGGUUAUGGCAAAAGAAACACACAAUCAUAUAUUCAAAUGUGACAAGUCAUGCCAUGGCGUUUAGACUUCUGCGAGUGAAAGGAUAUGAAGUUUCAUCAGAGGAAUUGGCUCCAUACGCGGACCAAGAGCACGAUGGCCGGAAAACAGCUGACGUGGCGAUGGUUAUCGAGCUCUACCGAGCAGCGUACGAGAAAAUGUACGAAGACGAGAGCAAUCUAGAGAAAAUACUUGCUUGGACCACCACCUUUCUCAACCACCAGUUACAUAGUAACUCCAUUCCUCACAAGAAAUUGCACAAACUAGUGGAAUUUUAUUUGAAGAACUAUUAUGGCAUAACCAAAAGAAUAGCAGUUAGACGAAAUCUCGACCUAUAUGACAUGAGCUAUUAUCAAGCUUUAAAGGCUUCAAACAGGUUCUCUAAUCUAUGUAAUGAAGAUUUUCUAGCAUUUGCAAGGCAUGAUUUUAAUAUUUGCCAAGUCCAGAACCAGAAAGAUCUUCAGCAACUACAGAGGUGGUAUGAAGAUUCUAGGCUGGACACAUUGAAUUAUGGAAGAGAAGUAUUAGUCAUGAGUUAUUUUUUGGUUUCAUUAGAUAUCGACGAUCCUGAAUUAUCUUAUGCUCGUAUAGCCUUUGGCAAGUGUAUGGUUCUAGUAACGAGUUUAGAUGAUUUUUUCGACUUUGGUGGUUCUCGACAAGAAUCUCAUAAAAUCAUAGAACUAGUGAAAGAAUGGAAAGAGAAGCCGGUCGAAGAGUAUGGUUCCGAAAAAAUUGAAAUCCUUUUUAAAGCUCUAUACAAUACAGUAAAUGAGUUUGCAGAGAUGGCUGGUGUCGAACAAGGACAUAAUGUCAGGGGAUUUCUUAUCGAACAAUGGUUGGAAAUGCUUUUAGCGAUGAAGAUAGAACUGGAUACAUGGACAGACGGCGUGCAACUAAGCUUCGAUGAGUACAUUUCUAAUUCAUGGAUGUCGACCGGUAGCAGAGCUGGACUUCUCACAACGUCGCUAUUACUCGGUGUUAAAUUAUCUAAUGCAAUGCUUGCAAGUGAAGAGUUGAGUGAUCUAGGUAGGUAUGUUUCCAUGGUCGUUCGGCUUCUCAACGACAUGGCCACUUUCGAGAGGGAACACAAUGAAAAUAAAGGAGGAUGUGUGAGUGUUCUGAUAGCAACUGCUGCGAGAGCUGGAAGAGUGAUGACAGAGGAGGAAGCUAUUGCAGAGAUAAAAGAAAAGGCUGGUUAUAACAUAAGAAAACAGUUAAAAAAAGACACCAUUUGCCCAAGAAAAGUCAAAGAUAUAUUUUUGGAGGGAUGCAAGAUUUUUUAUUAUUUGUAUUCGGGAGGCGACGAAUUCACUUCUCCACGGCUACUCAUGGAAGAUGUGAAAUCCUACAUAUUUACAUGUAAUAAUUAAUUCAAGUAGAAUUGAUGAUUUCCU